UCGAACUGAAGCCUUUUAAGGCAACAAGGCGUUGUUCUAACGUACUGCUCAGAAAGGAUGAAAGUUUAUGUUCGCCUAAUCCAUGUAAAAUGCACCAGAAAUGUGUCAUGGUAGACCAAAUGUAUCAGAUUUGUGUCCGUUUCCAGCCGACAAUUGCGCAUAUAAAGGAAACAGAAGAAAUCACCACUAAUACUACAGAAAUUUCUAGAACUAGUAAAGAACCGGAAACUAACACAGAAGCGGGUAGUACAAGUACAGAAAUACUCAGUACCAGUAACAUUCCUAGUGUUAUCAAUACAUUACAAGCCGAACUAGUGACUUACAUUAAAUGCAGUGAAUCUAGGAGCAACGAUGACGACGCGAAUGAGGCCGACAUCAUUAUAAACAAUGAAACGACUGACGGCUCCAUCAUGGCUGCAAAACAUGUAACAACGUCUGGGAUCGCUGAGAUCACCAUUACUAAUAAUGGUACACUUGAAACAGAAACGACUACUGAAUAGACUUAUGACGUGACAGAAACAAACAAUGAUAUAUAAAAACAAAACAGUGUAACUGUCUUUUGUAAUCAGAACGAUCGCGUCCCUUUAUACUUUUAUGCUGGAUGUCGAAAAGGCCAAAUUCUUCACGCGCGACUAAGAAUGAAUAGUAGUUUUUUAAACUGUCACUUGUUUCCAAGAAACUUAGUUUCUUCCCCUAAAUGUCGCUGUGGUGACUUAGAAACUAGCUCACAUUUUGUAUUAUUUUGCCCAUUAUACUCGGAAAUAAGACAAGAACUGAUAAUAUCAUUUGGAAGCCUAAAAUUAACGGUACCAAUGGACACCGAAUUUCUAUUAAAUGGCUAAAAUACAAUUUCAAAUGAAGAAAAUAUUAGUUUAUUUCUGAUGGUACAAAGGUUCAGUAUCAAAACUAAAAGGAUUAUAAAUUAAUGAUUCACACAAUAAACCUGUAAGCAUUUCAUCUUAUCAGUUGCAUUUUUCUUUACUUUUCAGUUCAUUAUGUAACUCAACUGACAUUAUCAAUAUUUUGAUUAUGUAACAGAGGAUGUAGUUUUCGUUUAUUUGUGUAUAAUGUAUUUAAUUUAUC